UUGUUCCGAGUCGGCGUGCAAUCCUAGGCCAUCUUGGCAAGCUGCCAUCACAAGAUCAUUGCUCAUUGCUCUUCUGGGAUCAAUCGUGAUGCUUGGCGACUAUGCUCAACAAAAAACCCCAUCUUGGAAGGACUUGAACCGACAAUAUGGAUGCGUAUUCGGUCAAGCCACUCAGCAAGGUCUCAUCGUGGAUGGUCCUAUGGCUGAAAUAACGAGAGUACUUUAGUUUGGACAAUGAACAAAUUACUUUGGUUCUGUUCCGUCCUUGUCCUCUCAUGUCCCUAUUUCAGAUACUGUUCUUGCAUUCACUCUAUUCAAAAGGGCAGUGAUAACACAGAUAUUCGAGCAUCAUGAAUAACCUACACCAUGAGAACGGACAGUUCGGCAAGGAGCCCUGGUGGAAAGAUGCUACGUUCUACCAAGUCUAUCCGGCAAGCUUUAAAGACUCCAAUGGAGAUGGCUGGGGAGAUAUCCCAGGUCUGAUAUCCAAAAUCGACUACCUUCAUGAACUCGGCGUUGAUGUAGUCUGGCUCUCGCCGGUGUUCGAGAGCCCACAGGCAGAUAUGGGAUAUGACGUCUCGAAUUAUCAAGAGAUAUAUGCGCCAUACGGCACCGUCAAUGACGUGGACGCACUUGUGGAAGCAUGCCACAACCGGGGGAUGAAGUUGAUUCUCGAUUUAGUAGUGAACCAUACCUCGAUUGAGCAUGGGUGGUUCAAAGAGUCGCGUUCAUCAAAAGACAAUCCAAAGCGGGAUUGGUAUAUCUGGAAGCCGGCACGGUACGACGCUCAAGGGCAACGAAUUCCGCCAACAAAUUGGAGAGGAUAUUUCGCCGGCCCUACUUGGACUUGGGACGAACAUACCCAGGAAUACUACUUACAUCUUUAUGCGCCAGAACAACCAGACCUCAAUUGGGAGUCAGAGGCAUGCCGUGAAGCCAUCUACGACAAUACCAUGCGAUUUUGGCUAGAACGUGGGGUGGAUGGGUUCAGGAUUGACACCGUCAACAAAUACAGCAAGCGCACCGAGUAUGUAGACGCACCAAUCACAGACCCGAAUUCGGCGCAUCAACCAGCACCGGAAAUGUGGUGCAAUGGACCCCGGAUACACGAGUUCAUUCAUGAGAUGCGGAAUAAGGCGCUCGCGCCAUAUGGUGCCGUGUCUGUUGGUGAACUCUCCAACACACCACAUCCCAGCCAGGUUUUGCCGUACGUGUCGGCCGCAGCACAGGAACUUGACAUGGUAUUCGAGUUCUCCAUGAUCCGUCUCGGGACGGGUGGUAUGUUUGGGCCCAAGUACGCAUAUGUGCCGUAUACAUUACAGACGAUGAAGGCAAUAGUCGCGAAAUGGCAAACCUUCAUCGAAGGCACGGACGGGUGGACCACAGUUUUCUGCGAGAACCACGACAAUGGCCGAGCUGUUAGCCGAUUUGGAGACGACUCAACGCCGGAGCUGUGGCGGGCCAGCGCGAAGACACUCGCACUUUGGCAAAUCACUAUGACCGGGAGUCUAUUCCUAUACCAGGGCCAAGAAAUUGGUAUGAAAAAUAUGCCAGCCACGUGGGGUAUCGAUGAAUACAAGGAUGUCGAGAGCAUCAGUUUCUAUAACGAAGCCGCGGCAUCGGGAGAACCAAAGAAGAUAGCCCAGACGAUGGAGGGGCUACGCAUACUUGCUCGCGAUCAUUCACGUAUCCCAUUCCAGUGGGACGACUCUCCUAAUGCUGGGUUCACAGAUGAGGGGGUGAAGACGUGGAUGCGUGUCCAUGAUGCUUAUAAAGAUAUCAACGCGACGAAACAGGUCAAGGAUCCAAAUUCCAUAUUAAGCUUCUAUAAGAGAGCGCUGCGACUACGUAAGACGUACAAAGAUCUGUUCGUAUUUGGUAGCUUUCGGCUGUUAGAAGCUGAAGAUGAAGCUAUAUUCGCAUAUGUAAAGGAGGUCCCUCGGGAAGUCCUAGAUUCACAGCUACAAACCAACGGGAACAUUUAUCAGAAGCGCCCACCGAAGAAGAGGAUGGCAGUAGUGAUACUGAACUUCUCCAGUAGCAAGCGGGAUUGCUUAGACGUCAGAAGUGUACUUGGUUGCGGUGGUGAGGAUGAGGCAAAACUUCUGGUCGGCACGCGGUACAACGAGAUCCAUGGAAAUGUAGAAGGGUCCAUACUGCGGAACGGUGCCGUGGCGCCAUCCUUGGAGCCUUGGGAAGGGCGUGUAUACGUCAACUUUUGACAUGAUGUUAGAUAAUCUUAUAGAAGUACUUACACAAGUCGAAUGAUAUCUGCACAAGAGGUGCUACCAUUUGAUGGACUCAGCCCAGUCCAAAAUCAAGGAUCAAUCAUUAAAAACAUGGAUUGUAAAAGAGAGGAAAAGAGCGGAGCUCCUGAUCUCUCAGCUAGCUAUAUAUACAUGGAUAGAGAAAGUUCAGCUCAGCCGUAGCAGCUAUGGAGAUGUGCCUACAAAGUACUACCUAUACCUAUUGUUACGUCAAUGGAUAGCCACGGGAGUGGCUAUCCAGGCCUUAACAUCACCCCG